GUUUUCUAACCUCCUUCUCAGUUGAAUUUUGAUCAGGCAACACGGGGACCUCUUGUUGUGCUGUGCAAGACCUCGCAGACAUAAUCCAAGAUGGCGUCUUCCUUAAGGGUGUGCAGUGCCCUCCGAGUAACGUUGGAAGGCAUUGCACCACUCAGGGCAACAUUUGGCCCUCUCCAUCUCACCCACCUGGCAAGACGCUCUGCCUCCCUACGGCCCCCUUUCCCCACCUACCCCUCAGCCUGGCAGCAGAUGAGACAUGGCAGCUUCUUCAACAAGCUGACGGCAGACGAGUUGUGGUGCGGCGUGUCGGCCGAGACGGGGACCGGGGCCAGGAAGGGUCGGGGGAAGAGGACCAAGCGCAAGAUGAAGAAGGACCUGAACAGAGGGCAGCAGAUCGGUGAAGGCCGCGGGGGGUUCCUGUGGCCCGGUCUGAACGCACCUGUGCUGAGGGCCGGGGAGGUGCAGACCAUGUCCCGGCGCGGGGAGGCGGAGCAGGUGGAGCUGCAGGCGGAGCUGGUGCGCCAGCGGGAGGACUGGGACCGCCGGAGGAAGAUGAGGGUGAAGAGGGAGAGGGGCUGGACCGGACACUCCUGGGGAGGUAUCAGCCUGGGGGCCCCAGACCCGGGGCCCAACGGAGAGACGUAUGAAGACUUUGACUCCCGUGUGAUUGAGAUGAAGACGGUGUUCAACAUGACCGCCAAGGAGGGCAGGAAGAGGUCCAUCAGCUGCCUGGUCGCCGUGGGCAACGGCAGCGGGGCCGCGGGCUUCGCGUUGGGCAAAGCUGCCGACCGGAACACGGCGCUCAGGAAGGCCAAGAACAGAGCUGUCCACUACCUGUACUACAUAGAGCUGUACAACAACCACACCAUUUAUCAUGACAUUAAUUCCACUUGCAAGAGGACCACCCUUCGCAUGAAGAAGCAGAAUAAAGGUUAUGGUCUGCAUUGUCACCGUGCUGUCAUCACCAUGUGCAAGCUGAUUGGAAUAAAGGACAUGUAUGCCAAGGUGGAGGGCUCAGUCAACCUGCUCAACAUCACCAGAGCGCUCUUCACUGGACUGGCCAGUCAGGAGACCCACCAGUCUCUGGCAGAGAAGAAGGAGCUCCACGUGGUGGAGUUCACGGCCGAGCGCGGCCCCUUGCCCGUCGUCGUGGCAACGCCCCGAAGCGGCCCGCGCCGGGAGCCCGAGCGCGAGGACGAGAUCCCCGACACGCGCCUCAACUGGGAGGACGUCCGCGCCGCGCAGGGACUGAAGAAGUCCUUCUGGUCCGGCGUCAAGAGAACCAUCUGGUGACACCGGCGUUACGUCAGCGUCGCCAACCGCACCAUCGACGCUAAAGCGCUGGCCCGCUGGACUGGCCCGUUCCACUGCACCGAAGAUGGGGAGGGGGGGGCGCUGGGCAGGGUUGUUGGAGGAGAGUGGGUCUGGUGUUGGGUGGGGUUGAGGCUUUCUUGACCAGCUUGUUGGGCUGCCAUGUGGCGGCACAUGUCCUGGGUGUAAUAAUUCCAAAUGCUUCAUCCUGGUUAGACCAGAGCUCCGCUGAGGUCAUCAGAGACUGUUCCAGAUGGUCAUGACAUCAUCAAUC